ACGCACACAAAACAUCAUCAGCAGCAUAACCGAUAUCGCAACCCAACCGAGGAGAGAGAAAGUAUAUAUAGCAACAAAACAAACUCUUUUUUUCUAGAGAGAGAGAGUAACCAUAGCCCUAGAAUUUUAUGCAACCAGAUAAGGACUUUUGUGUGCAGCUCACACACUACUGCACUAGAUAGAGAGAGAGAAACACCAUUCUUUUCCAUUUUUCAAUAACCCUUUUUCAAUUUGCUUUCUUUGCACACUCACACUGUGAAAAACAUCAACUUUUUUUGAUUUUUUUUUUCUUCGCAAUUCCUAGCUUCAAUUUGUUCACAGGUGGAAUUGGUGUUGUUGCAACAUACCCUUUGGAUAUUAUUGCUUACAAAUGUAUUUUAAAUUUUGUCAUUAUACUCUAUCUGCAGAGUUUGGUGAUAAGUUUUUAGUAUAUUUGAAUAUUGGAGGUCUGAGUUUCUUGUGAAAGAAGGCAUUUGAAAGUAAAUGCAUGGAUCACGGGGACCAUAUGGCGUUAUCCAAUUCUGCAUCUUACUAUAUGCAGCAGAGAGUACUACCUGGUUCUGGAGCACAACCCGAGUUACAUGUUUCGCCGAGUUUUAAUCAACUGUCUAAUCCCAAUCUGCCAUUUCAAUCCAACAUUGGUGGUGGUGGUAGUAACAUUGGAACCACACUACCGCUAGAAUCUUCGGCAAUUUCAUCUCAAGGUGUCAAUAUGAGUGGUCAUACUGGAGUACCGUCUGGGGAAACUGUGAAAAGGAAGAGAGGAAGGCCGAGGAAAUAUGGCGCAGAUAGAGUUGUGUCAUUGGCACUGAGUCCAAGUCCAACACCAUCUAGUAAUCCUGGAACUAUGACGCAAGGCGGGCCGAAACGAGGGAGAGGGCGUCCGCCUGGGAGUGGGAAGAAACAACAACUGGCUUCUUUUGGAGAGUUGAUGUCUGGUUCAGCUGGGACGGGAUUCAUUCCUCAUGUCAUCGAAAUUGCAAGUGGAGAAGACAUUGCAGCAAAAAUCUUGACAUUUUCUCAGGUGCGAGCUAGAGCUCUUUGUGUUUUGUCAUCUUCUGGCAGUGUCUCAUCCGUCAUUAUUCGUGAGCCUUCAAUUUCAGGCGGCACUCUCAAAUAUGAGGGACAUUUUCACAUAAUGAGCAUGUCAGGCUGUUACGUGCCUACUGAAAAUGGCUCCUCACGGAACCGAGAUGGUGGACUAAGUAUUUCCCUUCUUGGUCCUGAUGGCCGCCUCUUUGGUGGAGCAGUUGGUGGACCGCUUGUUGCUGCCAGUCCUGUCCAGGUGAUGAUUGGGAGCUUUCUUUGGGGUAGAUUGAAGGCAAAGAACAAGAAAAAGGAAAGCUCAGAAGAUGCAGAAGGUACUGUUGAAUCAGAUCAUCAAGGAGCUCAUAAUCCAGCUGCACUGAAUAGCAUUUCACCAAAUCAAAAUCUGACUCCAACCUCAUCCUUAAGCCCUUGGUCAGCAGCAUCGCGUCAGAUGGAUAUGGGUAACUCCCAUGCUGACAUUGAUUUAAUGCGUGGUUGACACGUACUGUGUAUAUAUUUCAGACUCAUGAUCACUCAUCUAAUUUUAUUUAGUAGUGAUGAAACAAUGAAAAGUACCAACAUCAGAAUAGAGCAAGCUGACUUUUGCAAUUCAUAAAUCUCACUUAGCUAUCCUUCACCCAUGAUUUCACUAGGGGUUCUCAUGUUUUUAUAGCUGUGAGGAAUUUUAAUUUGAAGGUUUCAUGUUCCUCAUUGGUAAGGAUACAUUUCAUGGCCUGUUUGAAAAAAAAUAACUUGGGCUAGAUGUUUUAUGUGGUUUUGAAACACCAUUUAUGACAAAUAGUUUUAUGUGAUUUUUCUAAUUGAAUGGUUGACAAUGCAUUUGCGAAAUAAUUCAUAUUUACAA